AUGUUCAUCAUUAUCAUCAUCACUUACAACAUCAUUAUUAUUUUCAGCUUAACAUUAACGUUGAAAUUGGCAUCAUCACCAUCAUCAUCGUCGUCGUCGUUUUUAUCGUCCAAGAAUAAUAAUAUUAAGAAUGUAAACAGAGUAAAUUUCAACAACAUCAACAACAAAAGCGGAAGUCGUACCGGAAACAGAUCGGGCGACUCAUUUCCGGUCGGCAGCAUUCACGACUACGCCAUCUUGAAAAUAAUACGCAACGACCGACAUCAAAAACAUCAGCAGCAGCAACAGCAGCUGCCACAUCAACAACAUCAGCAGCAAAUGAUGAGCCCCGGAAAUCACGUGAUAGUUGUCAUGUUGACGCAGAUGCUCGAACCGGAAGUUGACGCUGACGGUGGUAAUGAUGAUGAUGAUGUUGACGGCGGUGGAGAAGAAGAAGAAGAGGAGGAAAAUGAUGAUGAUGGUGAUGGACAGACGGAAAAAGGAGUGAUGAAACGAAGGGAGAAAAAGAAGAAGGAGGAAAAAACAUACAUACAUUUCGAACUGGAAUAUUCCUUUGUCACUGAUUUUGGAAUCAAAGCCGGCCGGCAACGUUUGAUUGUUAAAUCCCUUCAAGGUUGCUACUUCAACUUCGACUCGAGACAGAAAACAUCCGGAACGUUUCACAGUCCCAACUAUCCCAACAGCUAUCCCAAAUACACGGACUGCUAUUUCAUAUUUGCAAGAGCUCCGAACGAAAUCCUGAAGUUCAAAUUUUCAGAACUCCAUAUUGACGGAACGCUAAACUGCGACAAUGACGUCAGUGACUAUUUGGAAAUUUUCGACCAAUCAAGUCAGAGGAAGCACCGCAUAUGUAACCAUCAACUCGAGAAGGAUAAACAAAUAACAAUAAGAUCCACAAACAACAACAACCACAACAACAAAAGCAUUCACGUCAACAACUUGAUGAACAACAACUUGAAACAUUCACCGUCAAGUGAUGAUGACAACAACAUAAAUGACGUCAUCAUAACAUUCCAUUCCAAUCAUGCCUACGAAGCUAAAGGCUUCAACGCCGAGUAUCAUUACGAGAAAUCGGCUUCAGCCGGAAAUAUCCAAAGAAGCAUCAAAGGCUCCAGCUUAUUUGUCAGUUAUGUUGUCAUGGCCCUAGUCUUCACCCUCCUAAUCAACAAAUGACCAUAUCUCAUAUAUAUAUAUAUAUAUGUAUACAAUAUAUACAAUUUAUAUAUAAUAUAUAUAACAGUAUGUGUGUACAUCAUACUUUUGUAUCAUGUACAUAUUUCUAAAAUAUACAUACACAUGCAUACAAACAGACACACACACAAACAAACAAACAUACCUACAUACAUACAUCGCCAAUACUAGUUUGUAACGGUAUUUUGCCUAUUGAAUAAAGAAUAAUUUAUAGCGGUAUUUCGUCCGAUGUGAAUAAAGAACAGUUUAUAACGGAAUUUUACAGCCAUCAACAACCAUCAGCAAAGCCAUCAAGCACUUAUCUCUAUUUCAAAAAUUAUUAUCAAUUCAAUAAUUAUUAUCAUUAUUAUUAUCGCUAUCAUCAUCGUCGUCGUCAUCAGUGUUUUUUCGGCUUCUUCUUAACUGGUUCGGACAAGGCAUUAUUAUUAUUAUUAUUAUUAUUAUUAUUAUUAUUAUUAUUAUUAGUUUAUACUUAUUUUUAUUCUUCUUAUUCUUCUUUACUUUAUUAUUAUUAUUAUCAUUAUUAUUAUUACAAUCAGUAGUAGAAGCAGUAGUAGUAGCAGCCGCUGCAGCAAAAGUUUUACUAGUAUAAUCUUCCUCGCUUAUAGUAUUUAGUUUAUACUUAUUUUUAUUCUUCUUACUCUUCUUUUUUUUCUUAUUAUCAUUAUUAUUAUCAUUAUUAUUAUUACUACUACUACUUGCACCAGCUUCUUCAGUAAGUUUACGUUUUUCACACCUCUUAAUCAUUUUCAUAUCACCAAGACUAACAUUAUUAUUGUUAUUAUUAUCGGUAGUAGUAGCAGUAGCUACAGUAGCCACAGUAGUAGUAGCAGUAGCUACAGUAGUAGUAGUAGUAGCAUUUUUAGCAUCAGUAGUAGUAGCAGAAGCGGCAGCAGUGGCAUCUAUAGUAGUACUUUUACGCUUCUUACUUCUCUUAUCGUUAGCCGUCAAGAUAUUUUCAUUGCUAUUAUCAUUCUUUUUAUUCUUUUUCUCUUUAACUUUACGAACGUUAAUGACAAUCCCAUCUCUACUAUCAUCAUCAUCACAGUUAUUAUUAUUAUUACUAUUUAUACCAUUAGCAUCAUCAUCAUCAUCAUCUUUUUCUU